AGGCUGAUCGCAGUCACAUGCACCGACCCUGCCGGCUCAGGUCGGGUCACGGUCUUUCCACCCGCAUUUGACUCACUGCUCUCUCCGGUAUUAACUCCCUCUUUUAAGUCCGCCCAAUUUCUCAGAGAUUGGACUGAGGAUUGACGCAUUUUCCUCCCUGUCCGGCCGAUCAUCCUUUGAAUCCUAGGCUGAAGUAAUGUCAGGGAAAGCUCUUCGAGAUCUCAAUACAAUACCUGGAUCCGAGAAGAAGAAUGAAAGCUCCAGUAAAGUGAGUUUAACCAAGCAGUUCGUUGGGAAUGCUGAUGAAAAUGUUGAAGAAUGCCAAAAGAAAAACUCUGCCUCCUUGGUUUCACCUCAGACUAAUGGUAAUGAAAUUGCUAAUACUACAGCAGAAACCGGAAGUUCAGAAGUGGAAUACAUUGAAUCUGAGAACUUGAAUGAUCUAGAAGACGUUGAUGCGAGUCUUAAGACACUCUUAGCUUCACUUGACUCUAAAGAUUGGGUUCUGGUGUGUGAAGCACUCAACAAUGUACGCCGUUUAUCAAUAUUUCACAAGGAAACAAUUCUUGAUAUGCUGGGAGAUGUGAUUUUACUGGUGGUGAAGUCCUUGAAGAAUCCGAGAAGUGCUGUUUGCAAAACUGCAAUUAUGACAUCUGCUGACAUUUUCAGCGCAUACAAUGAUACCCUAAUCGAUUCAUUGGACCCUCUGCUUACACAGCUUCUUCUCAAGUCUUCACAAGACAAAAGAUUUGUAUGUGAAGCAGCUGAAAGAGCUUUAGUAGGAAUGACUAAAUGGGUUUCACCUGUUCUAUUAUUACCAAAAUUGCAACCGUAUCUUAAGAACAGGAAUCCUCGAAUUCGAGCAAAGGCAUCGAUGUGCUUUUGUCGAAGUGUUCCACAACUGGGUGUUGAAGGCAUAAAAGCAUAUGGUAUUGACAAAUUGAUCCAAACGGCUGCAUCCCAGCUCAGCGACCAACUUCCAGAGUCAAGGGAGGCUGCUCGAACCCUUCUCCUGGAGCUGCAAACUGUCUAUGAGAAAUUUCACGACCUCACAGAAACGGCUGUAUCAGAGGAUCCAGAUAAGGGCUCUUGGGAGAACUUUUGUCAGUCAAAACUCUCUCCUUUAAGUGCACAAGCAGUCCUUCGUGUAACCAAUAUUGGUCGGGAGGGUCUUGUUUUGGGUUCCUGACACGAUUUUAUAUAGAACACAUGAACUCUAGUGAGUACUGUCCUCAUUUACCUACACAUAUGGGCUGUAGCAAGCCUAGUCUACAAUUCCAUUUUUUGUUGCUUUGAUUUGCUUUACUGUCCUCUUCUGUAAAUGAUGCGAAACCUUGAAAUGUUUGGAAUUGCGAUUGAAGCUUGUAGUUGAGCAGGAAUUCUUUAUGAUAA